AUGGACAGAGAAAACACAGUGACAAAAGGUAACAGAGACUCAAGCCAUAUGGAAAGUGAUGCAGCAUCAACGUGGAGUUCACAGAUACACGAUGACAGCCGAGGGGAAUUGUGCAGCUUGUAUUAUAAAGAAGCUGUGGAGUUGGUGAAACUGGCUGGCCCAGCGGUUUUGUCUCGGCUGAUGAUCUUUCUGAUCAGUUUCGUCAGCACUAUGUUCUGUGGACGCUUGGGGGAAACUGAACUGACAGGUGUUGCUCUGGCUAUUGCUGCUAUUAAUGUCACCUGCCUCUCUAUUGGUUCUGGUUUGGCAUCUGGAUGUGACACACUCAUCUCACAGACGUUUGGCAGUAAUAAUCUGAAGCGGGUUGGUGUGAUACUGCAGAGAGGGAUUCUUAUCCUCCUAUUGGCCUGUUUUCCCUGUUGGGCGCUGCUCAUCAACACAGAGACCAUCCUACUGGCUUUCAAACAGAGCCCCAGGGUGGCAAGUGUGGCACAACACUAUGUAAAGAUAUUCAUGCCUGCACUGCCUGCUGUUUUUAUGUACAAGCUGCAGGAGUUAUAUUUGCAAAAUCAGGGUAUUAUUUGGCCUCAGGUUAUAGCAGGAGCAAUUGUGAAUGUCUUUAAUAUUUUAUUGAACAUCGGCGUUGUUUGGCACGAACUUGGCUUAACAGGAUAUGCUGCAGCGAACACCAUUUCGCAGUAUUUAUUAGCGUUGUUUCUCUUUGUUUGCAUCCACUUGAGGGACCUGCAUAAAGCCACCUGGGAUGGCUGGUCUCGCGAGGGUCUACAGGAAUGGGGGGUCUACCUUCGCUCGGCUCUUCCCAGCAUGCUCAUGCUUUGUGCGGAAUUGUGGACAUUUGAAGUUGGUGGAUACUUGCCAGGGCUUAUCAGUGAGAUUGAAGUGGGGGCACAGUAUAUUAUCUAUAAACUGGCCAGCAUCACAUGUAUGUUUCCUCUGGGGUUUGCAGUAGCCGCCGGUGUGAGGGUGGGAAAUGCACUCGGAGCUGGAAACACAGAACAAGCCAAACUGUCUGCCAAAGUCUCUGUAGUCUGUGGACUACUCGUCUCCUGUGUGAUUGCAGCCAUUGUUCUAGCUACCAGAGAUAUUAUUGGAUACAUCUUUAGCACAGAAAAAGAAAUCGUGCUCAGAGCUUCAAAGGUCUUAAUCGUGUUUGGCUCUUUUCAUCUAUUCAAUACCUCUGCGGUUAUUGCAGGUGGAAUAGUCCGAGGUGCAGGAAAGCAAGCGAUUGGUGCUCUUUGCAACAAUGUUGGAUAUUAUUUAGUGGGAUUUCCAAUAGGUGUUUCCCUAAUGUUUAUUGUCAACAUGGGCGUUAUGGGUCUGUGGGUUGGGUUUCUUAUAUGUGUUUUCCUGCAAACCUUGUCCUUUAUUAUCCUUCUUGGAGCAAUGGACUGGAACAAAGCAAGUCAAGAGGCCUUGGUCAGAGCAGGUGUACAAGAACCUGAAACCAGAGAUAAAUUUAAUGCGAUUGAAAAGUACAGGACAGGCACAGAAGACACAUCACAGUGGUCUGAGCACCUUGAAGGAGAUCAAACUGAUGCGAACACAGACUUAGAAACUCUAAAUAAAGCAGAAGGAGGACAGAAGGAGGGUGUUGCGCUGGUCACUAUCGGAGAGGUCUUGACCGCCAGGCAGCUGGUGGUCCGUCGAGGACUUGCUGUUUUCUUUAUGCUGCUUAUAUUUGCUGCAGGAAUUGUUUUGAAUGAGAUGCCGACUGACUUUCUUAGAGCAAUAAAUAACACAAUUAUAAAUUAAAAAAA